AAUACUAUCGAAUACUGCCAAAAUGGUGGUGCCCACGAUUUCCCCGCCCCAACAACGUCAACACCCGGAACUCUAUUGCAGCCAUUGCAGCCAAUGAGCUCGAGUUGAAAAAGAAAAUAGCUUACAGCACGUGGUUUCACUCAGGUAAAUUGUAUCGCCUUCACCGUUUGCUAGUUGAUAAUUAGACCUUUUUUUUAAGAUGGAACAUGGAGGAGCCUACACAUCAGUGCACCGUGUGCGACAAGACAUUCAGUGAAAAGUCCAAACUGGCGAGUCAUCUGAAGAUCCAUGCAGACGCCAGGGAGACCUUUACCUGUGAUGUCUGCGGGAAGAGCUUGGCCACUAAACCAUCGCUGGUCAGCCAUCAACAGCUACACCAGUACCCCAACAUCAUUUUGUACCGGCAAGGAGAGGCCAGGCUGUACUGUACAGAGGCAGCAAGGUCUGUGGCAGAGGCCCGCAGCAGCACUGUUGUUGACCCUAAAUGGCUGGAUCUCAAGACAGCAGAGGCGGCUGCCAAGAGGUCGGGGGCUGAGCUGUGGAAAGGUCAGCUGGUCAUCACGUUCGGGUAGUACGCCGGUCAGACCUUCAGGUGGCUUGUGGAGAAUGAUGUCGGCUGGCUGGUGUGGCUGCUGUUCCAGUACUGCCAGCAGGGAGAGCAGAACGAGCUGCUGAAGUGGCAGAAGGAGCGACUGCUCCUUCGGCCACAAGGUGACUCCUCACCUGAAAGUGCUGUCGGACGCACCGUUCCCGGAGGCUCCUGCGCUGCCAACAUCCCUCCCUCCGCCAGACCGGCCUCAGGUCCAGUACCGGCUCAUCCAUCACGAGGCUGGAAAGAGACGUGGUGAGAAGCGGAGGUAAGUUGUCAUAAGCACUUUGUUUCACCUGUUGGCUGUGGAAAGCAAAUAGCACACACGUCAUAUCAAUACUGAUCACAUGUGUAUUUUAUGU